AGCGGCAGCGGCGGCGGGAGGUGGAGGCGACGGUUCCGUUUGUGCGGGGCGGCGGGGGAGGUCGGUUCCGCCCCACCGGCAGCCGCGGUGCUGCGCUGCUCUGCUCUCCUCUCCUCCGGCCCCCUUCUCCGCUCCGCCAUGGCGGGCAACACCAGCAACCUGCAGAAAGCAAUAGACAUUGCUAACAAGGCAGCGCAGGAAGAUAAAGCAGGAAACUAUGAGGAAGCCUUCCGCUUGUACCAACACGCUGUGCAGUAUUUUCUCCAUGUUGUUAAAUAUGAAGCACAGGGUGAUAAAGCAAAACAGAGCAUUAGAACGAAAUGUACAGAAUACUUGGACAGAGCAGAAAAGCUGAAAGAAUAUCUGAAAAAGAAAGAAAAAACUUCACCAAAACCAGUUAAAGAGUCUGGUCCUACUGAUGGAAAAGGGAAUGACAGUGAUGGAGAAGGGGAGUCAGAGGAUCCUGAAAAAAAGAAGCUACAGAAUCAACUUCAAGGAGCAAUUGUUAUAGAGCGACCAAAUGUCAAAUGGAGUGAUGUUGCUGGCCUCGAAGGUGCCAAAGAAGCACUUAAAGAAGCAGUGAUCUUGCCCAUUAAAUUUCCACACCUGUUUACAGGAAAGAGAACACCUUGGAGAGGGAUUCUCCUGUUUGGACCACCAGGAACAGGGAAGUCUUACUUAGCAAAAGCUGUGGCGACAGAAGCCAACAACUCUACCUUCUUCUCAGUAUCUUCCUCUGACCUUGUCUCAAAGUGGUUAGGUGAAAGUGAAAAAUUAGUGAAAAACUUGUUCCAGCUUGCCAGAGAAAACAAACCUUCUAUUAUCUUCAUUGAUGAGAUAGAUUCCCUCUGCGGGUCAAGAAGUGAAAAUGAAAGUGAGGCUGCUAGACGAAUAAAAACAGAAUUUCUAGUCCAGAUGCAAGGGGUUGGUGUUGACAAUGAAGGAAUCUUGGUCUUAGGAGCAACAAACAUACCCUGGGUUUUGGAUUCUGCUAUCAGGAGAAGGUUUGAGAAGCGUAUUUAUAUUCCUUUACCUGAAGACCAUGCCAGGGCUGCAAUGUUCAAACUUCAUCUUGGGUCAACUCCAAAUGUCCUAACAGAAUCAGAUUAUAGAGAGCUUGGAAAGAAAACUGAUGGCUAUUCUGGGGCAGAUAUAAGCAUCAUUGUACGAGAUGCACUGAUGCAGCCUGUUAGAAAAGUGCAAUCAGCUACUCACUUCAAAAAAGUAAAAGGACCAUCAGUGUCUAAUCCAAACACAAUGGUAGAUAUGUUCACCCCUUGCUCUCCAGGCGAUCCUGAAGCCAUAGAAAUGACAUGGAUGGAGGUUCCAGGUGAUAAAUUACUGGAGCCUCAAGUUUCCAUGGACGAUAUGCUCAGGUCACUAGCUAGCACAAAACCAACAGUUAAUGAACAGGACCUGGAGAAGUUAAAGAAGUUUACAGAAGACUUCGGUCAGGAAGGAUAAACCAAAGAUACAUGUAGAGCAUUAGAACUUUCUGCUUUCUUAAAUAUUCUUGUGUCUUUUAUUGAUGGCACUUCAAAUAAAUGCCAAUAAAAUCACUCCUUUCUUACUUUGCAGAAGGAAUAGAAGAUACCUUUGCAAAGACCCUUAGGCUUUUGUAUUGUAUUGUUUUCCUCAGAUGUCUAUUAAAUGUCUUCUAUUGAAAAAUAAUAUGAAAAUACAAUUUUAGGGUGAGACAGCAAAGUCAUGUGGUAACGUCUAUUAAAUACUAGAAGACUUUAAAUUAUUAGUUCAAUUUUAGAUAUUAUAUUAGGCCUGGGUACAAGAGAGUUUUAAACUCCCAGUAGGCUCAAAAAUCCCUUUUUUGAGGGGUGGAAGGGAACAUAUUUGUCAGGUGUUUUUCGUGUCAGACAGCCUAAAUAUUACUUGCUCUCGUUUCAUUUAGAAAAAUGCAACAAAAUUUACUAAUCAAGCAUACUGCAAGUGUGGGUUUGCUAUUAAAGUAAGAAAGAAAACACUGUGAGGAUAAGACUACGUGAGCCAGUACUUUGUUUAGACAGAACUGGUAUUUGGCUUUUUCUGCUACUCUGUGUUAAAAUUUUGCCUUAAACAGCAAGCUUUUGUUUUUAACUCUUUACUAGCUGAUAUACACUGUCACUAUGCAAUUUAGCAAAAGUUUGUUAAAUGCAAGUAUCUCAGAAGGUUUUUUGCUGCCUGUUCUUGUUCGUUUUUUGGGUUGGUUUUUUGUUGUUUUUUGUGUUUUUUUUUUUUUUUUUAAUCUGGAUUUACUUUCUGCAGGAGUUUGACUAAAGUUAGAAAAAAGUAUUAGUAAUACCCUAUAUGAUUCCACAUGUCAAGGCUGGCAAGGUAUAGAUAGGUAGUCUUUGGAGAAUGUACGGGAGGAAUUUUGGGAAACAGCAUACUUUCACAUGCAAGGAGAGUCUGAGAGAUGUUUUAGCCACAGACUUUCCAGUGAUAAAUUAACUCAGAACCCUACUGGUUACUAUUGUGAUAGGUUACAUCAGUUUAGUGCUUCAACUUUGAGAGAUGGUUGGCACUUCGGUACAGAAGUAGCAUUUCCAUUGAUCUUUUUCUGAAGAACUACAAGUUGAGAUGUGCCUGAAUGUAACUUACAACACUACAGUGUGAGCAUUGAGUUUGUGCCUUGUAAGUUUGCACUGGCUGUAGAUACAAAACAUCAUUAGGACCCCUAGAAUACUCUGUUCCAUUGUCAUUGUACAACUCUAUCCUGCAUAUGCUUUGUUUAACUUGCAUUAAAAGAAAUUUGCACAUUUUGUGUAUGUUAUAUGUACACAUACACAUGAUCAUCUUUUGAUGGGGUUUGGUUUCCUUUAUGUACAUAUUUUGUGUACUUUAUAAUAAUCAUAGGAUGGGUGAAAUUUGCUGUACUUAAAUGAAGUAAAAUGUUAUAGUACACCAUCAGCUAUGUUCUUUGAGUAUUUCUUCAAUAUUAUGUUCAAGUAUUUACUGCUUGAUUAUUUUUUUUGUUAGACUUCGCUUUCUAUGUUUUAACAGCUAAACAUAACAUUUAGUUAAUUCUUUGAUCUGGAAGGUGCUGAGCUUUUGUUUACUAACACGAUGAAACAUUCUUUCCAAAAUGGUUCAGUUACACACAGCUUUACCUUUGUCUUACGUUGGAAUGUGUAAAUGUGAAUCGGCGGGCUGCAAAACUUUUUGGGGGGGUUUGGGGGAGGGUGGUGGGCAGGAAUUCCAGUGUAGGUGCAGGCAACUAUGGUUAGUAAACUUAAUCCUUGUAGCAACAGGAUUGCUUUUUCGUAGUUGCCUGUUGUGAACGCUUUAGAAGUGAGCCACGUACUGCCUGGGCUCUCACUCAGAUGUUUGAAGCUACUAUCUGAAGUACUUGUCUCUUGACCUUUGUUAAAAUGAGUCCUUACAGCAAUCUUACAAUUCUCAGGAACGUUUUUUUUUUCUUGUCGUAGACUGAUUUGUCCUAUGGGUUUCCAUAAGCUUAUCUUUAAUGUAGAAGAAAAGUAUACUGUAUGUUUUAAAUUUACAUCUUGCUGCUUGCUCAGUUGUGGGAUGACAUCUGUAACAGAAGCAUUAAUGUUUGAUGUUUCAAGUUGUUUUUAGAAAUAUAUUCCAAAUAAACAUUGCUGCUUUUAAUUGCAGCUAUAAGGACAA